UGGGCCGCGGGUUCUCUUUCGCUGCUUACUGGGGAGACGGGUGAAGGGCGAGGGGUGAAGAAGAACGCAGGGCCAGCGCCCGGCCUUCUUGCCGCCCCGGGAGCCGGCCCGCACCUUCUCUGAGGCGCUAGUUCCGGGGCCCUGCUCCCGGCCUCCCCUCGCCCUGUAUCCCGGUGUGUCCAACUCCGCGUGAACCUCACGAUUUCGCCCUCUGACCCCUCCUCCCUUGAGACACGUCCAGACCUCACAUGGUUUUGACUGAUUUUAAAGACUAAGUUGUGGGUUUCCCACAGCUUUGCCGCUGUUGAGGAGUUGCGUUUGGGAGUGGACACAAACAAAUCAGAAGAAAGAACCAGCUUCACAGGCAAGAUUAACAGCUGUGGUCACUCAUUUCAUGCUCUCUGUCUGCAUUCUGACUGGAAAUACUGGGAUCCUUUCCAUCAUGCCAACGGUGGUGGUAAUGGACGUAUCCCUUUCCAUGACCCGACCUGUAUCUGUCGAGGGGUCCGAGGAAUACCAGCGUAAGCACUUAGCAGCCCACGGUUUAACAAUGCUGUUUGAGCACAUGGCCACAAAUUACAAGCUUGAAUUUACAGCGCUCGUGGUUUUUUCAUCACUUUGGGAGCUGAUGGUCCCCUUUACAAGAGAUUAUAACACCUUACAGGAAGCACUAAGUAACAUGGACGAUUAUGACAAAACCUGCUUGGAAUCCGCAUUAGUUGGUGUUUGCAAUAUCGUUCAGCAGGAAUGGGGUGGUGCAAUUCCUUGCCAGGUUGUUCUAGUAACUGAUGGCUGUCUUGGCAUUGGUAGAGGGUCACUGCGACAUUCCUUAGCUACUCACAAUCAAAGAAGUGAGAGCAACAGGUUUCCACUACCUUUUCCUUUCCCGUCUAAGUUAUAUAUCAUGUGCAUGGCAAAUUUGGAAGAGCUUCAGAGCACCGAUUCUUUGGAAUGCCUUGAACGUCUCAUAGACUUAAACAAUGGUGAAGGGCAAAUAUUUACUAUUGAUGGCCCCCUGUGCCUGAAAAAUGUACAGUCUAUGUUUGGAAAACUGAUAGAUCUGGCUUAUACACCUUUCCAUGCUGUUCUCAAAUGUGGCCACCUAACUGCUGAUGUACAAGUCUUCCCCAGGCCAGAACCUUUUGUUGUAGAUGAAGAAAUUGAUCCUAUCCCCAAAGUCAUUAACACAGAUUUGGAAAUAGUGGGAUUUAUAGAUAUAGCUGAUAUUUCAAGUCCCCCAGUUCUCUCCAGACAUCUGGUCCUACCUAUAGCACUUAACAAAGAAGGCGAUGAGGUGGGUACUGGCAUCACUGAUGACAAUGAAGAUGAAAAUUCAGCCAAUCAGAUUGCAGGCAAAAUACCCAACUUCUGUGUCCUGCUCCAUGGCAGCCUAAAAGUGGAAGGAAUGGUGGCAAUUGUUCAAUUAGGUCCUGAAUGGCAUGGAAUGCUCUACUCCCAAGCUGACAGCAAGAAGAAAUCAAACCUCAUGAUGUCUCUCUUUGAGCCUGGUCCAGAACCUCUCCCAUGGCUAGGGAAAAUGGCACAACUGGGUCCUAUUUCAGAUGCUAAAGAAAACCCUUAUGGUGAGGAUGACAAUAAGAGUCCAUUCCCCCUGCAGCCCAAAAACAAACGCAGUUAUGCCCAGAACGUGACUGUUUGGAUCAAACCCAGCGGCCUGCAGACAGAUGUACAGAAGAUUUUAAGAAAUGCAAGGAAACUACCUGAAAAAACACAGACAUUCUAUAAGGAGCUGAACCGUUUACGAAAAGCUGCCCUGGCCUUUGGUUUCCUGGACCUGCUCAAAGGGGUGGCUGACAUGCUGGAAAGGGAGUGCACGCUGCUGCCCGACACUGCCCACCCUGAUGCCGCAUUCCAGCUGACCCAUGCUGCCCAGCAGCUCCAGCUGGCCAGCACUGGCACCUCAGAGUAUGCUGCUUAUGAUCACAACAUCACACCUUUGCAUACAGACUUCUCCGGGAGCAGUACUGAAAGAAUGUGAAACUGGCUUUUGGAACCUUUUUUUUUUUUUUUUUCCAUUUUAACUGAAAAUGAUUUAGAGCCAAAGCUUUUCCAGUAUGUUCACCUGGAACAACCACUCAUAAACCUUCCUGAGGCUGGCUCAGAACACCACUUACUGGUUUAAAUGACUUCGAUAGUCUAAGAAGGAUCUGAGGGUGAUUAGCUGGUGCUUCCUGGACCUAGACGGCUGUUGCUCCCUGAGGGGCAAAUCUCUUGAGAAGCUUGAAAGACUAUGAGCAUGGAGCUACCCCGCCUUCCCCAGGAAACUUGACUGGCAAGGGUGCAGUUCUCUGGCUUCCAGAAGCAUCAUCUCCAGGUUUGUCUCAACCAUUAGGAUAUUUUCAAGCUUCUGUCUUUGGGAUGAGCAACCCAGACUGCCUGGGACUUGUUGAGUCCAAACCCAACUCCACUAUGUUCCAGAACUUUCCUUAGAACUUGGUAAAACAUGGUGGUAACCCUUAGGUGCUUUUGGUGUAUCUUGAGAUACUAACUUUUAAACAGCAAUCACAUGUGUAAAAUGAUUCCCGUCUCUUCAAGCUUUUCUUUUUUAAUAAAAAUAAAAUAUUUGAUUUUCUAUAAAA